GAAAGCAUGCGUUUGCUUAAAAGUUUUGAUUACUUCGUAAAAUGGAGGCGCGCAUACACUCAAACGAGGACACGGCGUUGAAUGAGUCAAAUGCUUCAGAAACUCUGAUUGGGAGAACCACACCACGUGGACACAACCCGAUUGUUCAAGAAUCACAAAAUGAAAGACAGACUGAUCAUACAAGAUUGUCGUGGCUGAAGUGCAGUGGCAAGAAGAAAUUGGUUAUUGGCAUUAUUUCGCUGCUAUUUGUUGUAAUUGUCGGACUGGCCAUUUGGUUGGCAUUCUGCAAACAGUCUAACAAAGAAGAAUAUGAACUCCAAGCAGCUCUGAAACUUGAAGCGGAACAGUUUAAAAAGGUAGAUGAGCAAAUAGACCCCGAUGGUAUAUGUUUCCCUACUCGGUGUGACGAAUUGGUACUUGAUAUCCCUGGUACUAGUCAAUGGUUGGAGGAAUUUUAUUGCCCGUCAACAAACGCAACAAAAGUAUCAGAAAUUCGUUGCAAUGGAACGAAUCUGUCGGCAGAAUAUCUUCGGCAAAACAUAAACAAACAUAUUUACUGCAAAGAAGAAAGCGCAUUUAAUUAUAUCACCUGCUGCCUAAUCACGCUGGUCAGCAGUUACCCAGAGUGUAGCGACGCAGGCAAUCUCGUGUGCAGAAAUGACACAAGCGUCCCAGUGUGCAACUGUACGACGGGAAAAAGGGGAACCCAGUGCGAGCAACAACAUACAGAAAAAGUGCAAUGCAAAUGCAUUGCCGCCAACGAGAAAUUUGUGGGAGAAAACGCAAUGGAUAACUGCUCAAACAUGUAUCGCUCAGAUUAUUGGACAAAGUGCUUCCAUAAUUUUUACAAUGGCACCAAAUGCACAUGUUUUCGUUCUUCUCUCGACGCCUUACGCCUAGCCCCAAACGGAAAGACAAACACGGCAGCAGCUGCGACCGCUUCAUUGUGGUUGAUGACGACAGUGCUCGGGAUUCAACAGGUUUACUGCCGUGUAAAUCAAAAGAACUACAUGGUUCGUCACUUCGUCAUUGGUGAACAAACGGACAAUUCAUAAUGAAGCAUAACAUUAAAAAUUGAA